AUGUCGCUGGUGGUGGAGCUGUUUUGGAGUUCCGACUUCGUCUUGACCUUCUUCACCGGCUACUACCGAAAGGGCUUCUUGGUCAUGGAGCGCUGUAAAGUUGCCCGUCAUUAUGCGAAGACCUGGACGCUCUUUGACUUCACCUUGAUCUUCAUCGACUGGAGUGUCGAUGUUUUGGACUUGCUGACUCAGGGCAGUGCCACCGAGCCGACGGAGCUGAGCCGCACCGUUCGUAUGUUUCGUCUUCUUCGGCUAGUUCGCGUCGCGCGAGCACUCAAGCUGCGACGCGGAUUUACCGCACUGCAGGACGUCAUCCACUCGCAGCGUGCCAGCCUCUAUCUGAAGUUCUUUGUGAGUCUGGGUCAACUUCUGAUGCUUGUCCACUGGAUAGCCUGUGGUUGGUUUGGGGUGACUUGGCUACACACCGAGAACUGGGUGGCAUCCAGCGAUUUGCGUUACCGCGAUUCGCUUUUCCAGUAUCUGACAUGCGUUCUGUGGUCCUUCUGUCAACUGGGUGUGGGCGAGAGCCCUUGGCAACCGACAAAUACCAUUGAAAUGAUCCUCGCCAGUGUCAUUGCCUUCACGGCCCUCAUCACCGCAGCUGUCCUAAUCAGCACCAUGGGAGAGUUGAUUGCAGGGCUCCGGAAGCUGCGACAGGACGAGCUCACGCAGUUCAGGCUCUUGCGCCGAUACCUGCAGAAGCAUGACAUUCCUCUGGACCUUGGGCAUCGGGUGACUCAGUUCCUACACAAUCAGUACACAGAGAGGCAGCAGGCCUCGUCGUCCCAGACGCAAGUGCCUUUACUGGAGCUUCUGUCUCGCCCCAUGAUGCAAGAGCUGCAGUUCGAACGACAUCGCCCCGUCCUCUGCAAAAUUGGUGCUAUCAAGGCGAUACUCAGCAAGGACGACGUCCAUUGCCGGCGAGUACUUCACAAGAUGGCCUAUGACAGCUUGGACCCUAUGGUGGCGGCAGCGGGGGAUGUCAUCUUCGUCGGUGGCCACAUGGCAACGAUGUCGUACAUCAAGAUGAAUGGCCGCCUGAGCUACUUCAAGGACGAGUUUUUUCAGCCUCUCAAUGGGGACCACUGGAUUUCAGAAGUCUGUCUUUGGGCUCCUUGGGUUUACCUCGGGGAUCUCGAGAGCCAGACGACCUCGGAGAUUCUGAGCUUAGAUGCCCAGAAGUUUUGCACGAUCUUGGCAGAGGGCUCAGAUACUCACCGGGCUGCAAGCACCUACGCGCGACGGUUCAUCAAAGUGGUGCAAAGGCAAGGCGUUUACAGUGACAUUCUCACAGAGCCCUAUGAAGAGUUGGAAUCCUUGGAAGAGGAGCCAACCUUCGACAUGCUUUUGCCUGCGCCCCUCAAGCGCAUCCUCAUGCAGCAUCGUGUGAGUCAUGGCCAAGUUCGUCCCGUCGACGAUUGA